GUCACCUUAUUGUUGCCCCUGAUCAGGGCGCCGCGUGCCGCAAAGCGGGGCCUGCGCCUCACAGUGUGGACCUGGCGCAUGAUCCAUGAACCCCCGCUCGCCUCAAGAAGGGCGGAGCAGCCGUGCCAGAUCCUAGCUCCUCACAUCCAUCUCUCUCUCCCAGGCCGGUCCUUGACUCUCUCGCUCUGCAGCUCGCAUCCCAAGACCGUGUCCCUCUCGCUCGCCUCACACAUCGCAUCUCACCCUGCUCUCCCCCUUCGCUUCACUCAGCCGGACUGCCUUUCUUUACACUCCACUCUCUUUGCCUCUCAUCCCCCACUGCACCUCUCCGCCAUGCAGAUCACCUCUCUCAUGCCCGCGCUGCUGCUGCUGCUCGGCGCCGCACGCCCGACUCGCGCCGCACCUGUGCCGCGCACGCAAGACCUCGUCUUCGCACACGCCGAGCCCAAGGAGCUCGACGACGGUCCCACCGCCGCCGAGGCUGCGUCUCGCGACGACGAGAACGACGCCGCGCUCGCGGAGCGCAAGCAAGCUCGCGCCGCGCAGGACGAGGAGGAGCAGGAGAAGCUGCCGCGCCGCUCGCUCCUCGAGCCGGCUGCUGCUCCGGCCUCGCAGCCGCGCAACCGCAUCACCUACUACACGCCCGACGCCCGCGACGUCGCCGAGGCGGCCGCCCGCCGCGCCCGCAUGCAAGAGACGGCGCAGCGCGCCCUGUCGGGCACCGUCGAGGCUGCCGAGGUCGUCAAUGCCGAGCGUGAGUCUUCGCCACGUGGAAGCGCGAGCAGCAUCCCCUGAUAGCCGUCGUCCGCAGUGCGCGUCGAUCCCGUGGCGCUCAAAGCAGCGCCGCUCGGCCGCCGCAACCUGGCUCGCGCCUAAUGUCGUCCUGAUUGAGUCGUGACCAGUCACUCUUCGCCGAUGUCGUGAACUAAUUGUGGCGGGGUAUGAAAGAUGUGUGUGUGUGGGGUGACUUGGUGUUGUCUCGUCAUGCCGGCGGGUCGUCGGCGGCUACUGAAAGGGCGUCA